GGUUUGAUAGGGUGGAGUGUGUGUCUGAGAGAGUGAUAGUCACGGAGUCGGGGAUGGAGGGGAAGCAGAGUGCUUUGUUGGACUUCAGCUCUCUACGGUACCGUACGAAAGACCGAAUCUCCUACAUCUCAACACAGAAGGAGACUUUUUGAAGCUGCAUUUUCACAUCUCAGUGAAGGAGAUCCAACCAAGCAGGCACCAUGGAGGCCAUCAAGAAGAAGAUGCAGAUGCUGAAACUUGACAAGGAGAACGCCAUCGACCGGGCAGAGCAGGCAGAGACGGACAAGAAGGCAGCUGAGGACAAAUGCAAGCAGCUGGAGGAGGAGCUGAUGGACCUCCAGAAGAAGAUGAAGCAGACAGAGGACGAACUGGACAAAUUCUCCGAAGGCCUGAAAGAAGCCCAGGAGAAACUGGAGCUGUCUGAGAAGACGGCUGCAGACGUGAGUGAAUGUUCACACACACGCACGACCUGUGUGGAUGCUGUGAAGAGGAAGAUUCAGUGUUUGCAGCAGCAGGCUGACGACGCAGAGGACCGGGCUCAGGUCCUACAGAGAGAGCUGGACUGUGAACGGGAGCAACGAGAGAAAGUGAGAUAA